AUGCCCUUUGAUGCUUUGGUAUCAAGCCAAAAAGAUAAUUCCAAUCACCAGAACAUAACUCCAAUAUCGAAAUCUGUCCUUUUGGCUCCUCACUCUAAUCAUCCGGUAAUUGAAAUUGCUACGUACUCAGAAACUGAUGUUUACGAAUGCUAUAUACGAGGGUUUGAAACUAAAAUAGUAAUGAGAAGAACUAAAGACGAUUGGAUCAACAUUACGCAAGUAUUCAAAAUUGCUCAAUUUUCAAAGACAAAAAGAACUAAAAUAUUAGAAAAAGAGUCAAAUGAUAUGCAGCAUGAAAAAGUUCAAGGUGGGUAUGGUAGAUUUCAAGGUACUUGGAUUCCAUUAAAUUCGGCAAAGUUUUUGGUCAACAAAUAUGAAAUAAUUGACCCUGUGGUGAAUUCUAUUUUAACUUUCAAAUUUGAUCCAAGCAAUCCUCCUCCCAAGAGAAGCAAAAAUAGUAUAUUAAGGAAGACUUCGCCAGGAACUAAGAUAACGUCGCCAUCGAGCUAUAAUAAAACUCCGAGGAAAAAGAAUAAUAACACAUCAACAUCAACAUCAACUGCAAACAAAAAGGGUAAGAAAAAUGCCGCGAUAAACCAACCGAAUCCAAGUCCUUUACAAAACCUUGUUUUCCAAACCCCUCAACAGUUUCAAGCAAAUUCAUCAAUAAGUAUAAUGAACAAUAACGAUAGCAAUGCCUUGAUGAAUCUCAACAAUGAUACAAGACACAAUUUAAUAAAUAAUAUCACAAAUAACAACAGCAGUCAAUCUACGAUAAUUCAUCAACAAAAAACCGGGCACGAAAACUCUUUCAGUAACAGUUAUUCCGCUACUCAAAAGCCUUUACAGUUUUUCCCCAUUCCCACAAAUUUGCAAAACAAAAAUAUUAUUCAGAACAAUAGUACUGGCAAUGGCAGGAAUAAUUAUAGCAGUAACAUUGAUAAUGAUAUCAGUAACAGUAAUAGUAGUAAUAGUAACUUGAUAAUAGUACCGGAUGGUCCUAUGCAAAGUCAACAACAGCAUAAUGAGUAUAUGACAAAUAAUUUCAACCAUCCCAUGAUGGACUCCAAUACAAAUGGUAAUAGUAAAAAAAAAAGAAAGAAACUCAAUCAAUCUAAUGAACAACAAUUUUACAACCAACAAGAAAGAAUACAAAGACACUUCAAGUUAAUGAAACAACCCUUACUUUGGCAAUCAUUUCAGAAUCCGAAUGACCAUCAUAACGAGUACGGUGACAAUAAUGGCAACAAUAAUAACACCGCAGUUUCCAAUGGCUCCUCCAUUGAAGUCUUUUCAUCAAACGAAAAUGACAACGGUAUGAAUAUGUCUUCGCGAUCUAUGACGCCCUUCAGUGCAGGAAACAUUUCAUCCCAAACUAAAUUGGAAAAUAAAAUGACGGAUCAAGAAUACAAGCAAACAAUAUUGACGAUAUUAUCAUCAGAAAGAUCUUCCGAUGUUGAUCAAGCCUUGUUGGCUACACUGUAUCCGACGCCCAGAAAUUUCAACAUAAAUUUCGAAAUUGACGAUCAAGGCCACACUCCACUACAUUGGGCUACGGCUAUGGCAAAUAUUCCUCUAAUUAAAAUGCUGAUUACCUUGAAUGCUAAUGCAUUACAAUGUAAUAAGCUGGGUUUUAAUUGCAUCACAAAAUCGAUCUUCUAUAAUAACUGUUAUAAAGAGAAUGCUUUUGAUGAAAUAAUAACCAUCUUGAAGAUCUGUCUUAUAACUCCUGAUGCAAAUGGAAGAUUGCCAUUUCAUUACUUGAUUGAACUGAGCGUGAAUAAAUCCAAAAAUCCAAUGAUAAUAAAGUCCUACAUGGAUUCAAUAAUAUUGAGCCUUGGUCAGCAAGAUUACAAUCUGCUAAAGAUCUGCUUAAAUUAUCAAGAUAAUAUAGGAAACACUCCAUUGCAUCUAUCUGCUUUGAAUUUGAACUUCGAAGUUUAUAAUAGAUUAGUGUACCUUGGCGCAUCAACGGAUAUUUUGAACUUAGAUAACGAGUCGCCUGCAUCGAUAAUGAAUAAAUUUAAUUCUACUGCCAACGGGACCAACGAUAAUGAGGAUGCAAUAAAUCAAAAAAGGCUUCAAAAUCUUCCUCAAAAGAGCCACUAUCAGCAACAGCAACAGCAACAGCGACAACAACCGCAUUCGCAUUCAAGAGAGCUGCCGCAACGACAAAAUAACGUCAAGAUUCCGAAAAUCAUAAAAACUCAACAUCAUGAUAUAGAAGAUUCUGCUCCAGAUGAUACCUUAACUAAGCCGGAUCCGGAGGUAAGUGAAAGCCAAUAUCUACAUUCCAACCAGCCAAAUUCUACCAACAUGAACACUAUAAUAGACGACUUAUCCAACAUCAAUUCUUUUGUCACCUCGUCGGUUAUCAAGUCUACACCGUCCAAAAUUCUUGAAAACUCUCCCAUUCUGUAUAGAAGAGUCUCACAGUCAGCAUCAAAUGAUGAAGAAAACGGGAAGAAUCAGGAGGAUCAAAUUGAAAAGAAAAUAGAUCCCUUGAAUGGUGCAAAAACCACUAUUCCAUUGUUAGAAUCACCCUCUACAUUAUUACCAAUACAGAUUUCGCCGUUAAGAAAGUAUUCCAAACCGCUUUCACGACAAAUCGAUAAACUGAAUGCAAAAAUCUAUACAAUGCAAAGGCUAAUGGGAGAAGAAAUCAAAAAUCUGGACCACGAAACAAUCGAAACAGAGUCAUCCAUUUCUAAUACUAAUAAAAGAUUACUCAAAAUAUCACAUCAAAUAGAGGAUGCUUUUGAUUCUGUAUCGAACAAAAGUUCCAUAAAUUCAGUAUCAGAUUUACAAUCAAGGAUUGAAGAAACGUCCUCAAAGUUAAACUCCGGGAGGGAAAAUUUCAUUCAAAGCCUGGAAAAGUCUCAAGCAUUAAAAUUGGCAACGAUUGUUCAGGAUGAAGAAUCAAAGGUUGACAUAGAUCACAAUUCAAGAUCACACCUAGAAAAAAAUGAAGAGCCAACUCCAACUUCCAAGUCAGGUUCAUCAUCUCCUAAUAAUGCCAAAGCGGGAACCGAAUUAUCUAAUGAUGUACAAGAUUCAUGCGAUAAAAAUGAGAUGUUGAAGCUGGCCACUGAAUUGACGCUUUUACAAUUCAAAAGGAGGAUGACAACACUAAGAAUAAGCGAAGCAAGGAGCAAAGUCAAUUCAUCGACAAAAUUAGAUAAAUAUAGGAACCUAAUCGGUAUCACCAUUGAAAACAUUGAUUCAAAAAUAGACGAUAUUGAAAAGGACUUGAGAGCAAAUGCAUAA